GCUUUUUCACUUCUCAGUUCGAUAGGAACGAUGGCCGGGAAAGCCUCGAACCCAAAGGAGAAGGAGACCUCCGCACCAGAGGACGAUGUGUGCCUGCCCAAGGAAGAGCCGCCACCCGCCUUCCUAGAGUCAAAGACCUUCCGCCUGAUCUCCAUCGUCCUCUAUUUGGGCGGCAUCAGCGGUCUGGGCAUGGUCUUGGCCCUCUACUACCUAAUCUUCUUUGACUCCAGUAUGCCGGACAUCCAUCUGAAGUUCCCAGUCUCCAUUGGCGGCCAUCCAGUGCAGAAAGUGCACGAGUACCAAUGAACUACUAGUACUACCCUAGAG